AAUUGUCCUCAUUUUAGAUUACAGACGUAUUAUUUAUCAAAAACGUAUUUCGACACAGAUAUCCGAGUUAUGUGAGACGUACACGCUUUAAUGCCCUCACCAUUGUUAUAAAUUUCAGGUCAUAAGCAGAACAUUGUAUCAACAAAAAUGGCGCACAAGCGACACACCAUGAAUGACCUAAGUUCAAGUAUGACGUUAUUCUCGGAUAAAAGAGAUUUUACCACCGAUCAUUUCAAAUGGUUUAGUAUAAAAAAGUUUGUUUACUUGGCGUUCACAUUUGCGUCAUCGUCAUCAAAUUUUGAUAUAUUUUCCAAGGUAUACGAAAAUGUAAGGUUAUUCGAUUUUAUUGUAUGUGAGGUAACGAUAGGUAUGCCGUAUAUGUGCAUGGACUUUUUUAUUAAACAAUACACAAGAAGGGUCGAUUUCAAUCAUCACUUAAACCCUUUGCUCAAAGGGAUUACUUAUGGGAUUUUGCUACAAUCUGCUCUUUGGACUUUGUUGCAUGCAGGUGAUUUAGCGGAUUCAAUCCGAUUCCUAGGUUCAAGUUUAUUGAGUGAACCCUCUUGGACCGUGUGUCGGAAUAAGGAACUUAAUAUAAGUUGUCUGCCAUCAAAAGAAAUAAUUAUGCAAUGCCGAGAAGAUAACCAUAAUUUGACCAAUUUUAAAAAUACUCCAGCGCAUUUAAAUUAUUUAAUAUCUUUUACUGCUAUGGAAAAGAACGUCCUAACAACGAGAUUUUUUGCGUCGUUUGUAAUAUGGCUUUUUAAUUUUUUUUGCACGGCUGUAAUGGAUGACACAUUAAUAAAAAUUUUUAAAAUGGCAUUUUUAUGUCGAUUUUAUUCAACCCUUGUGGUGAUGAUUUUACUAUUGUGCUUUAGUAAAUAUAACCCUUUCACCUAUUUUGCACAAAUAUUGGAUAUCAGUUCACCACCUUCGUAUACAGUUGCAAUGGACCACGUGACUUACGCUUACGGGAUUGGUUUCGUGGGCGUUUAUGAUUUCGGCACCAUGUCCCCGUACACUAUGGUGGACAAUGCGGUUGUAAUAUUCACAUUGAUAUUCACGCUGAGUGCCUUUGCCAGGUCACUGAUAAUCAAAAUACUUCAUGUAGUGCUGACAAGCUGUGUGGAAAUCGAGAUAUCUAUUACACCACAUUAUUUGUUAUUUGCGAUAUUACCCUUCAGUACAGAAUUCUUUUAUGCGCAUAAGUUGUAUGUAGUGUAUAUCUACGUCAAUGUGAUGCUGGCUACCAUGGCGUAUCUUGCUUUGCUAACGCUUAGUAUGUCUAAAUUGCUGCACAGCGAGUUUCGAUCCGUGAAGAAUUUAUACAUUGUCGGUAUAUUAUGUUUUUGGGGUUUCGUGUUUUCCGUACCCAUCACAGUGCAAUCUACAGUAUCAAAAAGUAGUUUACAAGGCUUAAUUUACGGUAUUAAGGUGUCAGUUUUAUAUUUGGGUGGUUUUAAAGUGGCCAUUGUCAUGUGGAUGUACGGAGUCGGCAGGUUCUCUACGGACAUACAUUAUUGGCUCGGCUUCAAGCCAACAAAGUUUUGGUCAAUGUGCUGGAUGUUUCUGCCUGUCGUGCUCUUCUCAUUUUCUAUAAACAGAAUUGUAAUUUUGAUUACUCAAAAGAAGGACAUUGCAGAAAUAUUGGCAGCGUCAUUGUGGAUUGCGUUCUCUGCAUUAGUAGUUACAAUAAUACAAAUCAAAACGGUGGUUAAGUAUCUUGUACGAAAUAAUAUUUCCAAGGCGUUCACCAGCAGUUCGAAGUACGGGCCACCAGACUCGGAUGACCGCAAACAGCGGAGAACGUACAAUGAAACUAUACGAUUAAGGCAGUGCAUACACAAUUGCAACGUGCUUGACGACUCAUUUGACUGUAAUCAUCUACCGUUGCUACAUAAAACUAGAUCAAGACUGUCAUCGUCAAGCGGGUCCAAUCCAUCAAUAAAAAAUAUCUUCGAAGCUGAAAAUAAGAAACGACAUUCGGAUAUCGUGGAGGCUUUUGAGUAGUUAUCUUUUCUUGUAAGGAUUUAUUUUUAGGUAACUGUUUGUGAAAUAAAAUCAUGGUAU